GAAACUGCUUUAAAGCGCUCCGUUUAUGCAGAACCGAAACCUGAACCGGCUUUCAGUGGAAACGUCGAACAGGUCCCGACAUUUCUGGAGGCUGAACCGAAACGGCAGAAGCAGGAAGUCCACUCACGCGACUUCACGCGCAGCGGAGGACACGCCGCUCCCGGGAACAUGGCGAGAAGCACGAACGGAGACAGCCUGAAGCAGCUGAACCACAACGGGCUGAAAUGGGACGACUCCGGGAAGAACGGAUACCACAAAAAACCCGCCGAGCAGAAGCACGGUGCGGGGAAUGGCGUCGCCUCCAGGCAGAACAAACAGGAGUCUUUUGAACAGGCGCCCAUGUAUGUGGCUGUCUGUACCUACAUGGGCUUUGGCAUCGUCACCCUGUUCGGUUACUUCAGAGACUUCCUCAGAGCCGUGGGUUUGGAGAAAUGCAACCUUGCCCAGGAAAGAGAGGAGCAGAAGGAUUUUGUUCCUCUUUAUCAAGAUUUUGAAAACUUUUACACUCGAAAUCUGUACAUGAGGGUAAGGGACAACUGGAACCGACCCAUCUGCAGCCUGCCCGGGCCCGUCUUCGACCUGAUGGAGAGAGUGUCCGACGACUACAACUGGACCUUCAGGUUUACUGGAAGGACAAUCCCCAACGUCAUCAACAUGGGCUCCUACAACUACCUUGGUUUUGCUGAGAACAACGCAGAUUUCCUUAAAACGGUGGCAGACAAAGUGCAGCAGUAUGGAGCUGGUGUGUGCAGUACACGACAGGAAAUUGGUAAUCUGAGCAUCCAUGAGGAGCUGGAGCAGCUAGUGGCCAAUUUCUUGGGAGUGGAGUCGGCCAUGACUUUCGGGAUGGGUUUUGCCACCAAUUCAAUGAACAUCCCUGCACUAGUUGGAAAGGGUUGUUUGAUAUUAAGUGACGAGCUGAAUCACACGUCUCUCAUUUUGGGGGCCAGACUGUCUGGAGCAACGAUCAGAGUGUUCAAACACAACAACAUGCACAGCUUGGAAAAGAUGCUAAAAGAGGCUAUAUGCUGUGGGCAGCCCCGGACCCACAGAGCCUGGAGAAAGAUCCUCAUCAUGGUGGAAGGCAUCUAUAGCAUGGAAGGCUCAGUGGUGCGGCUCCCUGAAGUCAUCGCCCUGAAGAAGAAGUAUAAGGCGCACCUGUACCUGGACGAGGCUCACAGUAUUGGAGCUGUGGGGGCCACGGGGAGGGGAGUGACUGAGCUGUUUAAUGUGAACCCGGCUGAUGUGGACGUGAUGAUGGGGACUUUCACAAAGAGCUUCGGGGCUUCUGGAGGCUACAUCGCAGGAAAAAAGGAGCUGGUGGAUUACCUGCGCUGUCAUUCUCACAGCGCUGUUUACGCUUCGGCAAUGUCGCCUCCCGUUACGGAGCAGAUCAUACGGGCCAUCAAGUGCAUCAUGGGAAAAGAUGGAACAACAGAGGGAAUUAGACGGAUCCGCCAACUGGCAGAGAACACCAGGUACUUCCGAGCCAGGCUGAAGGAGAUGGGCUUCAUCAUUUACGGCAAUGAUGACUCACCUGUUGUUCCGGUCCUGCUCUACAUGCCGGGCAAAGUGGUAGCUUUUGCCAGAGAAAUGCUGCAGAGGAAGAUCGGUGUGGUGGUGGUCGGCUUUCCAGCCACGCCCAUAACAGAGGCCCGGGCUCGCUUCUGUGUGUCUGCAGCACACACCAGAGCCAUGCUCAACCAGGUGCUGCACCAUCUGAAUGAAGUGGGAGACCUUCUGUGUCUCAAAUUCUCUCGGCGGAAACGUCCUUCUUCGUGUAGCCUCAGUGAAGAAACAGAUGUCGGGCUGGACAGCUGAUGCAUCUUUCUAGCAGUUUAACAUUUCAGUGUCAAAACCUUUGACUGUACAUGAGAACUGGACUGAGUAACCCCUCCCUGCUGAUGUUAAAUAGGAAGUACUCACUGGCUCCAAGAAGCCAAAAUCCCAUAGACUGUUACUCAGUCAUUCUAUUGGUCUGAAUAACAAUUCUUACUCCUCUUUUUUAUACUUUUUUCUAAAUUACAAGUUAUUAAAGUUAUAAACUGACCAAUUGGAUUCCCUUAAGAAAAAUAGGUGGAGCCUGCUGGCCCCCACGUCGAAGGUUCAAAAUAUUUGAUAGAUUUUGUAUUUCAAAUGGAAGGGGUGUGGCCUUCCAACAGGAUCACUUCAGAGUCGUUACCAUAGAAACUCAAACAGACUUGGACCAUUCACUCCUUUCUGACAACAUUUGGCUCCAACAUGGAGGUGUACAUAUCCUGAAAACAUGGCGACUCAAUUGACUUUUCUAUGGAUGACAUCACACUCACUCAGUCCAGGUUUCAUGUACAGUCGAAGGUCAAAACUAGUUUUUUUUACAGCACUGCUGGCACACAAAUGUGAGGCUUCGGCGAGUAUCUGCAUCCCUUUGAGAUGCAGCAACCAGAUGUGAGGCAGAUGCUUUUAUAAGUUUGUAAAUUCUUUCUGAUUCUGGUUAAUUGUUGUUGCUAUUCAUCACAAACCCAAUGGACUCGUUUAAUAUGUGCACAUUUGUGGAAAAAUUGUCAAACAAUCAGAAAUAAUCUGGUUUAAGCCUCA